GAGGACUUAUAUGAGAGGGGAGUGACUCGUUAUCCAUCUUUGGAGGCCGGGCCUCACAGCAUGGCGGUCAUCACAUCUGACCAAUGGCAGGCCAUGCUGGACGCAGCAGACGAGAGCCAGAAACCAUUCUUUCAAAAACUAUAUGAUGAUGUCGUGCAGAGGGAAAGGGAGGCAGCGGCAGCGGCAGCAGCUAGAGCCGCCGACAUUGCUGAUCAGGUGGCUCUCCUUCGGAUCCCGGAAGCCAAUGCUGACCGGUUCCAGGAGGAACUAGCUGCUGCUGUAGCAGCCCUGGUUCGACUACGGACCUUGGAAAACCUUGAGUCUCGUAUGACAGCACUUGAGCAGCGGAACGAAGAGCUGCAGGCUGAAGUAAUUAGCCUUGAACAGUCCCAGUUGUCUGCCUCCCGCCCUCCUAACCCUCGAUCUGCUAUAAUCCCAACCUCUAAAGCCAACACAGCCCUCGUGCCAAGGGCAAGCGGAACUGUGACAAGCGCAGGAACUGGCGCCAGCUCCUCGAGCGGCAGCAUCCGCAGUUCUGCGUGGUCACGGUCACCCCUGUCCGCGUUCUUGAGGAUCUUCUCCUUGACCUGUAAACAUGUUGCGCUCAAGGUUAGGCUGAAGCUUGAGGCCCUCAAGGGCCAAACAUGGAGGUCAUCCAUGCAGGCUUUGGAACAACACUUGACUAGUCUGUUCACCACUCCGGACCAUGCCACCUGGCGAGAGCUCAUGAAGGACCUAGUCGACCUAGAGGCCAAGGACCUCGCCAGGCGCAAGAAGGCGCCCGCUGCAGGUGGGAAACCACAACGCAAGCGGUUUGGAAGCAGCAACCAGCUUGCACUGCAUGAACAUCGGGAGGCUGACGAUCAGUCCUAUGCGGAUGAUCUGUAUCUAGAUGACGAUCUAGAACCGGACUCCGAUACGGGCUGUUCCACAUUAGUCAUUGAGUGUGAAAGAAAUGAUGAUGAGAAACUUAAUGCAUUCAGAAAGACUGCUUCAAAUAAGGGGCCUAACCGUGGUUCAGGAUUGCUAUCGUCUUCAGGGAAACAGGCAAGGGGCGUAGAGGAGUCAUCAGUACUCCCUACAGCAAGGGAAGCUGGGCAGUCAGUUGCAGGCCCUUCCGAGGAGCCUGGAUCUGAUCAGCAGCGUGCUCUUGAAGCCCAAACUAAUGCUGAAUCCAAGGCUGAUGCAGUCCAAGUGUUAUACGCUGAGCCUUGGGAGGAGUCUAAAGAGGUGGACCUCCACGCCCACAUGGAGCAUUGGCUGCGGCUCAACCAGCAACGCCAUGUUCAAGGGAGCGUGGAACUGACUUUCUUUAAACUACUCAUUAACCGCCGAUACAUCCGUGUGCUGAUUGACAGUGGUUCGACCACUAAUUUCUACUCUCCGAACGUGAUUCGUAAGGCGGGCCUGGGUAUGAAGCAAGUGGAACUGCAGAACCCUUGCCGGACUCAGGUGGGCAACCAAGAGGUUGUCACUUCCACUCAUGCUGUCAAAGGUGUGCGCAUCACCUUUGACAAAGAUCGCACUGUCACACAUGAGCUGAAUUUUUACGUCCUGGACAAGUGUCCUUUCGACGCGGUCAUUGGCUUGGGCUGGCGAAAGGCUCAUUGCCUAAGGACCACGUGGGCAGACAACCAGUUCGUGGAACUUGACGCCAAGGGGAACGAGCGUACUGUCUUAUUAGAUGAGACGCGCGAGUCCCCUGUGACCCUUCUCAGUGCUAACAAAUUUUGUAGGUCAGUGCGCAGGCGCAAGGAAGCUAAGUUUGUACAUAUAGCUCUUGUAAAGCCUCUCCAUGCUGCAUUUUCUACCUCUGAAGGUAACUCUACCUCUACUACUUCUACUUCUAUUCCACCUACUUCUACUGUAAAUGAUCAAUCUAUUUCUGAUCCAAAUACUUCGAAACCGGUUGUGAUUACCGUAAAUUCUCGAUCUGAUUUUCUCUCCCCUGACGAGGAUGAUCCGCCACCGGAAAUCCCAGCGAACAUUCGCCUUCUAUUAGAUCGAUUUCCUGAAGUUUUGGCUGAACCUCGCGGAGUACCCGAGCGUCCAGUCAAACACAAGAUCGAGAUAGUAGAAGGGAGUGUUCCUCCAAAGGGCUGCGUCUACCGUAUGGGACAAGGCGAGUUGGAGGAGCUGCGGAGACAAAUCGAUGACAUGAUUGAUUGUGGAUGGAUUAGGCCUAGCGAGUCUGAGUUUGGCGCACCUGUUUUGUUUGUACCAAAGAAAGGAGGCAAACUCCAGAUGUGUAUUGAUUAUCGUGGCCUGAAUCGAAUCACCCGAAAGAAUGCGUAUCCUUUGCCUCGCAUUGAUGAUCUGCUAGAUGCGGUAGGUGGGUGCAAGGUUUUCUCCAAGAUCACCCUCAAGUCUGGCUACCACCAGAUUGAAGUUGAUCCGAGCGACCAACACAAAACUGCGUUCAAGACACGCGAUGGGCUGUACGAGUUCAUCGUUAUGCCCUUCGGACUGACGAAUGCGCCAGCCACAUUUCAGUGCCUCAUGGACAAGGUACUCCGCCAUCAGCUUAACAAGUUUGUGGUUGUGUACCUUGACGACAUUCUGAUUUUCAGCAAGUCCAUGGAUGAGCACGUCAAGCAUCUUGAGGAGGUUUUGCAAGUCCUCAAAGACGCUCAACUGCACCUCAACUUAGAAAAAUCUGAGUUUGCCAGGGACAGUGUCAGCUAUCUUGGGCACCGGUUGUCUGCAAACGGCCUUGAGCCGGAGGCAACCAAGGUUGAGGUCAUUCAAAACUGGCCUCAACCGGCGAACGUACGCGAACUGCGUUCUUUUCUCGGUUUGGCUUCUUAUUACCGGAAAUUUGUACCCAGAUUUUCUACAAUUGCUCACCCGCUCUCAAGACUAACCAGCAAGAAUGUUACCUAUGCAUGGUGUGAGAAGUGUGAGUCUGCGUUCCAAGCCUUGAAAGAGGCAUUAGUGAGUCAUCAUGUGCUUCGCAUUGCAGACCCCAACCUCACGUUCGUAGUUACUACGGAUGCGAGCCAGUUCGGGAUUGGUGCAGUGCUGCAACAAGACGAUGGUGAUGGCCUGCGUCCGCUCGAGUAUUACAGCAAACGCAUGCCCAGCCACAAGGUAGCUACUUCCACGUAUAUGCGUGAGCUUUACGCCCUGCGCGAAGCCCUCGCACAUUGGAAGCACUACCUCUUGGGUCGCCACUUCAAGGUCUACUCUGAUCAUCAGACCUUGCAGUGGAUUCAGACACAAUUUGAACUCUCUCCUACAUCGACCCGCUGGUUGCAUGACAUUGAUGUCUACAAUUUUGAGUUGAAACAUAAGAAAGGCUGUUAUAACCGUGUCGCUGAUGCUUUGUCACGCCAUCCCGAGUAUUUGACUUGCCUUGUGGGUUCAUACGACCUCCGAAGGAAACUGAAGGAGGAUCUGAUUGAACACACCGCCAAGGAUCCGGACCUCAAUCCCAUCCUUGAGCAGCUCAAGGCCGACCCUAACAGUCAGCCUGAUUUUCACGAAUGCGAGGGUCUUGUGUUCCGCCGGUAUGGAAAGUUCGAUCGUUUGUGUGUACCCAACCAUGCGCCUCUCCGAACUCAUUUCUUGGAUUUAGUGCAUGGUCGGGGUGGACAUUUUGGCUUUGAGAAAACUUAUGGAAGUCUUCUGCAGCAAUUUGAUUGGCCAGGAAUGAAGGGAUCUGCUCAGAAAUUCAUUGCUGAAUGUCAGGUAUGUCAAAAAAUCAAGGUCCACAGGCAUAAGCCUUAUGGCCUACUGAGACCUCUCCCCAUUCCUGAUGGACCCGGUGAGUCGAUUUCCAUCAACUUCACGGACAUGGGAAAGGUGAGUGAGGCUGGGAAUUCACAAGUCAUGGUCAUUGUGGACCGCUUCUCCAAAUUUCUGAACUUGAUUCCUCUCCCUCCUCAUGCCCCGAUUGAACUUGUCAUCGAGGAAUUCCAUCAGCAGUACAUUCUGCAGUCCGGCGUCCCGAAAACCAUUGUGAGCAAUCGGGACACCAGAUUCAUCAGCAAAGAUUGGAAAGACUUCACGUCUCAGAUCUAUGACAUCAAACUGAACAGGACUUCUGGUCGACACCCCGAAGCCAACGGAUUGGCCGAGGAGAUCAGCCAGACCGUCAUCCAACUGCUACGCGCACUGAUUGUUCUAGAUCAGAACACGCGGGACAAGGAAUUACACAAAGUGAAGGGGUUGUACAACAACUCCAUUCACUCUGCAACUGGUGUGACCCCAAACCAGUUGCAGUAUGGAUGGUCGAUGCGCAAUCCCCUCUCCUAUCUGUUCCCCGAGCGGUCACCUGGUCUGAUGCCCGGCAUGCCUGGCUAUAAUGCCAAGUACGCACGCUUGCUCAAAACUGUUACUGCAGUCAUGAACAAGCGUCAGCAUGCCAUGAUCAAACAUGCCAACAAGCUGCGCAAAGAAGAAAAAAUUCAAAGCAGAGCAGCAACAUGUGUCACAGUUUGUGAUUGCUCAUUCCUGGUCGUGACCAAAGAGCACUUCCUUGCUUUAUAUAAGCACAAGUAUACGACCCAUUACUCACAGGCCGUGCGUUUCCUCCAACUGAAAGUGCCACUGUUUGCAAACGUUGCAUCAUCAAGGAUCCGUCUUUUUGCUCACCACUUCUCUGCCACAAGCUAUGCCCGUGGACACGUGUUCUUUCUCGACAGUGGUAUGAAACUCUUCUUCAUCCGCAACGGCACAUGCAAUCUAUGCUACCCGGUCAACGAUUCAGGAUUGCGAUUAAACACGGCAAAAAGGAAUUUAGAGCACAAGGGGAUUACUUACCGAAUUAUUGCAGUUCUUGGAGUUGGACAUUUCUUUGGAGAGAGUAGCCUAUUUCCUGAAGAGCGGUUCGGAGGGAUUAUUCACACGAGAUCCAAGCUAUCUACAUUCGUUAUCCACAAAAGGGACUUUAUCAGUCAUGCUGACGCAGAGACCGUGGAUGCGUUACGAACAGCCUCCACCUUCAGACUGGGUUAUUAUCUCGGUCGGCAAGGCAUGUCCGAACCGUCUCGUGUACUCACUCUUCGUGCUUCUUUAGGCGGGGCCGACACGACGAACGUUCAAUCUCCACGCAGUCAUUUUCCAACUGCAUCAGCAUCGCAGAGAGUUGGUGCGGGAGACCCAGAUAUGCCUGUCAGCAGUUCAGAUCUCCCAGCAAGGAUCCGUCGUCGGAUUGAGCAGGAAUCGCACCAGUCCUCGCAAAAGGCGGGAUCGCGACCAAGGACAGCAUCAUCCAGACUCUCCAUGAGGCUGCCACUCCAAACCACAACUCCUCUACGCUCUGGGCAAAUGUCAAGGAUGCAAACUCCAGUAACUGCGAGGCGACGGCUUGCGAAGCAAACGCGUGCAGCAGCGCACAGUCCCCUGAGUGCUCCCAUUGACUCAUUCCCAGACGAGGUUGCAAAUACCGAUGGAGCGGGAGCUGAAGCGGGAGGAGGGGCAAAUGCACCUUCUGACAUUAAGAGAGCAUUCAUCACCGACGAAAACACACCUUUGCACAACCAAGUGGUUUCUUCCUCCGAGAAUGUAGAUGUGGGAGGUCUCAAUACAUCAAACGUCAACACCACAGCGUCAGAUACAGGUCUUAUCAAUAGUGAGGGCAGCAUAAAAGGGACUCUUCAUCAGUCUAAGCCAAAGAAAAAGGUCACCCUCCUGCUGAACGAGGACGAGAAGGGGCGUCAGACCACUGGAAUUUCACCCUUUGUUUCAGGAUCAGCAGGGGAGGGUGAACGGCCGAAGGACGAGACGACCAGCAAACCACCUCAGUCAUACCUGAGGGACGGGCAUUCUCAAAUGGCAGUGGCGAGCAACACUGUUGGUUCUAUCAGGCCCAAUCAGCUCUCACACUCCAUCCAUGCACGGGCAGGCGUACAGCAACAAUCACCUCAACUAGCGCACGGGGAAGGUGAUGUGGAUGAUAUCCGCCAGGAUGCUCUGCUUGUUGCAGAGCAGCCAACAGAUGUUCUUGUUCCGCAUGAAGAGGGUCGCUAUGGGGCCAGAAGACCUAGAGUAGGGCGCUUGUCCCGUGCCUCCAAGGGGUUGGUGAGGGGACCGCAGCAAUCGACCACUAGCAUGAGGAGGCCUACGAAGCGGUCCAUGCCUGCUCCACGCUCUAUAUCUGCCCCAGGCUGGAAUCCGCAAGCAAAACUGCCUGCAAAGAGUGGCCCAGCACUUGGGCAGGACCGACCUCGCACGGCAUUGGGCUUCAGCGUGGCUGCGGCCGCAUCACCUGAACCAGUGCCCUCGCCUGCCUCACCCCGAGUCCUACGCAAGAAGCUUGGGAAACUGAGCAGAUUGAGCCCGCUGCUGCAGCAGCGCCGUCUGGAGGGAGAACAUCACAAUCGCAAUAAACAAUUUCGGACUGCAGAAGCCUCCAGUGGAGCAACAGCAACAGAAGUAUCGCUGAAGCCUGUGCUGGUAAAAAGUGCUGAUGUCAUUCACAGCAAGUUGGAUGCUCUGAAAUGUCUGGAGCUUCUCAGGCUCAGCCCCACCGCUCCUGUAGCAACAGUCGUUUUUGGAACUGGACCUCUGAGGAAGGAAACUGGAAGUCCAACAGACAAGGAACAGCCCAAGGAAAACAAACUGUUCAGCCAGCAAGAGUUCAAGAGGCGGUAUAGCCGUUACAGGAGCAUCAAUUAUUCGGAGGACGUAUUGAUCCGGAAGGCACAACACGAAGCCGACAAGGAAAAGAAUCUCAAGCGAAGAAAAAGCAGUGCAGUCAGUGAAGAAGCCUCCCUCCCUCUCCCAUCCUCUUCAAGAAAGCGACAGCACGUUCGUACUGAGUUUGACAUGGAUGAGGAUGUCCAGUGGGAUUGGAGCGAGCUAAUCACCGGCCAGAAGCAAGCCAAUCGGAGAUUAUCAGUGGCAAAAGCUGAAGAUGCUUCGGGGGGUUCGACAACGGCAAAUCAGAUGGGCAAUCAACCUGCUGCCGGAGAACCGAACAAUGCCCAGGGUCGGCGAGGCAGUCGUCUACUUCGCCGACGUGCAUCCUCUUCCUUAUCUAGCUUGGCAAAGUUUGCUUUGCAGCUGUCUUCUUCUAAGCGCGACGCUCCUCAGGCUGCUCGGAUUCUGAGCCCGGCACAGAGGCGUUCUUUGUCCGCUACAAAUGAAUCUCCCACUAUUGCAGAAGACACUCUCAACGACAAGAUUGUCCAGACUCGUGGGCAGCGACUCUCUAACUUGCUCUCUCUUGCCAACUGGUCCAGCUUGUACCCACCCUUUUCAGACCCACUUUCUGAGACUCUGCAAGGGAUGAAGAAAGCAGACGAGCGCUCCGCCAAGGGUCUCCGUAGUUCAAGAGUGACGAUGGAUGACCAUGAUGACGGGGGAGGAGCGCGGAGGGAGGGAGGAGGGAGGCUAAGGCGCGAUGAUGCGUACUUCGAAUGCAGGUAAGCAUGACAUCUCCCCUAAAAAAGAACAAAUAGACGGAAUGACGAUAUUAAUGAAAAGUUCGAACUUCA